AUGGAUGCCCCAGAAAAUCCUACUGACUCUGACCUGGGGAGGCUCCCGGGCACCCCGCAGUCACCGGCCCUCGCCUGUGCGAUCCCCGAAGUGCCAUCCCCUGCCGCCGAGGCGCCGCACGCCCAAGAGCCAGAGUUACCGUUGACCUUGGGCGCUAGUGAGAUGGAAGAGCUUAUUGCGGUGGACCCCAAGUACUGGGUGAAUAUCUUUAUUGUUAACGAUGAUCAAGAAUGGGCCAGUCUGGGCUCGGGAUAUGUCGUUCUCUCAUCCGUGGAGAGCCACCAAGGCAUGGUUCUGCUAGUUCGGUCGGAGACCGACAACUCUGUCAUUUUGGAGUCGAAGGUUUGUCUGACCACGUGCUAUCAGAGGCUGCAAGGCGUGCUGAUUGUUUGGUCCGAGACAGAUAGUGGCGGGGUGGCUUUGAGUUUCCAUGACCCACCUACCUGCCAAGAAAUCUGGGAAGCUAUUUGUCGAGCCCAGAGUAAAGACGUGCACAUUGAAAACACUCACGGGCUCCUAGUUGAGUCAGAAGAACAGUUCAGUAGGCUGCGGCGCACCAGGGAUGUCCAUCUGUCCGCCAGUGCCAUUCAAAAGCUGAAACAAAUUGCUUCAUUGUUUAAAUUAGUGCUCUCCUGGCCACUCUGUAAGCAACGGCUGGCUCUCUUCUUAGAAGAUGAAGGAUAUAUUCAAAAAAUCCUGCAGCUAUUCCAGAUUUGUGAGAGUAGGAGGGAUAUUGAAGCCUUGCGCCAUUUGCAUGGAGUUAUUAAAGGGAUCUUAUUUAUGGACAAGACAGCGCUGUUUGAGAUAAUGUUUUCCAAUGAGUGUUUUGUGGAUGUGUUGGGAUGUCUUGAAUAUGAUCCAGCUUUGAAGGAGCCAAAAAAGUAUAGGGAAUUUUUUACUCAGAACACAACAUUUAAAGAUGUUGUACCAACAACAAACAACACGCUUAUACAAAAGAUACACCAGACAUAUAGGAUGCAAUACAUUCGUGAUAUUCUCUCUCCUGUGCCAUCCGUAUUUGAAGAAAAGCUUCCCAAUCUUACAAAGUUUAUUUUCUUAAACAAAUUUGAGAUAGUUACCACACUGAAGAGAGAUAGGAGAUUUUUGUCUCAAGUUUUUACACUGCUAAAGGAUCAGACUGUAAAUAAGGAUAGACGGCGUGAAUUGAUCUUUUUCUGCAGGGAAUUCUGUUCAUUUUCUCAGACAUUGCCACCUGGUAGCAAGAAGGCACUAUUUAAUACCUUGGCAGAAUUGGGAAUUUUCCGAGCUCUAAAAGUUGUAAUGCGUGUGAAGGAUUUGGAAACAAAGUCAGCUGCUAUUGACGUAUUUACUUAUAUAGUUGAACACAGUCCAUCUUUGGUUAGACGUUUUGCGAUGAGGGAAGCCGAACAGAGUAAAGAUGGUGACCUUUUCCUCAGGGUAGUAAUUGAGCAGAUUACUUAUGAUAGAGAUCCUAAUUCAGGAGGGGUUGUACAAUUAGUAGAACUCCUUCAUAUUUUACUUGAUCCAGACAACAUGAUAAUAUCACCUAGUACAUGUGAAAGAAGUGGAUUUUUGAAUUUCUUCUAUAAACAUUGUAUUUAUAACCUCAUGGCACCACUUUUGGCCAUCACUUCAGAAGGUACCUAUAAAGAAGAUAAUAUAGUUAAGCCUGAGCAAAUUAAGAACUGCCUCGAUUAUCAUACAGCACAGCUGCUUGAAAUAAUUUUAGAGCUGCUUACGUUUUGCAUACAACAUCACACAUAUUACAUCAAGAAAUAUAUUCUGAGCAGUGAUCUGCUAAGAAGAAUCUUGGUGUUGGUGAAUUCGAAGCAUAAGUUCCUGGUCUUAGGUGCACUUCGCUUUAUGAGGAAGAUGGUGGGCCUUAAAGAUGAACUUUAUAAUCGUUACAUUAUCCAGGGUAAUCUUUUUGAGUCAAUUGUAAGUGCUUUUCUGAAUAAUGGACCCCGGUACAAUAUGUUGAAUUCAGCUAUUAUUGAGCUAUUCGAAUACAUAAGAGUGGAAGAUAUCAGGUGUCUCAUUUCAUACAUAAUUGAAAAUUUUUAUGAAGCAUUUGAGUUGGUAGACUAUGUUCAGACAUUCAAAAGAUUGAAGAUGAUAUAUGAUCGGGAGAAAGACCAACAGAAUCAAAUACAGAAGAAUUUACAUUCUGUAUCUGACAAUAAAAUUCUUGGCAGAGAUACCAAAGCUGUGGAAGAGAAAAAAGAAAUUUCUUGCAAUGAAAAAAUAGAGGAAGAAGUACUCUUGAAUGAUUUUCAAGACUUUCCUGCUACAGAUAUGGAGAUGGAAGAAUCAGAAGGGAAAAAAAUAGUAAUUCCUAAAAGAAAAUCUUCUUGUGACUCCACAUUUACUUCCUCCAUGUCCACCGAAGCUGCAGAUGGAACAAGUAGCCCAAAUAUUAUUAUUGAUAUUACCUCGGUAGAUUGCCCAAAUGAGGAAGAGGAUCAGGAAGAAGGAGCUUCCCCAAGGAAAAGACCACAUUAUAGCUCAUAA